AUUCUGUCUCAAAUGGCUUCAACAGGGCGCGCUAGACGAGCGGACGUCGACGCAUCCAGCCUCAACAACGUCGAACGUCUCAUCUUCGCUCAAGCAGUCUAUGAGUAUGGCUCAGACAAAUGGGGAGACGUCUCGGGACUCUUGUCCAAACAUCCCAUGAUCUCGCGUCCGAAGAACUACUUCACGCCCCAAACAUGUCCAGUCUUAUACAGCCAGCUUAUGGAGGAAGCUGGCUUGGAAUGUUCUGAUGCAAAUGCCGCUCCACGCUCAAAGGUCCAUUUGAAACUGGCCCAGCAUCAUUACCAGCGCCGCGUUCUUGAGCUACGAGAACUGAUUGCAGCUGAGGAGGCCAAAUUCAAAACGCUCGUCGCCGAGAUCGACCAAAUCCGUGAUGGCUUAUGGGAUGACAAGAUCCGUGCUCAAUUGGGCAUCAACGCUCCUGCUAGAGAUGUCAAGGAGGAGGAUGCUGCCCCACAAUCAGAGCCCGCGCCGGAGACACCAGAGCUUCAGCGGCCGCAGUCUGCUUUACAGAGCCGGAAGGGUACUCCCGAACCUAUUGUCAUAAAAGAUGGCGUUGUCGAAACUCCUCCCUCACCGCCAAAAGACGAGAUAACUGCUCAUCCGCCGACAAGAGAGCCUACUCCUCCACACAUGGAGCAGGAUUUUGAGAAGGAACAUGUCACCCCGGUACCCGAAGAGACUGCCGAGCAAAAUGAAGUCAUCGAGGCAAGCGUGGAAGCCGAGCAGGCAGAAGCUGUCCCGGCCGUAGCAAAAACUCUCCCAAACAUGGAGGCAGAAGAAGCUCGCAAAAGCCCUCCAUCCGAAGAACAGCCUGCGGAAGGAGCUCAAGAGGAAGUCCCGACUGCAACGGUAGAGCCGGAAGUCACCGUCGAGCAGUUUGAGUCAUUGCCACCCUCUCCCGAAAUACGAGGUACAUACCCGCCUCUGCCUGCGGAGGUAACCGUACGUGAGGAGACGGCAGCAAUGGAACCAGCUGCAGACGCCGAUGUGACCAUGCUUGAAUCACAGCCUGUGCGAGAAUCGCCGCCUGCCCCGCAAGAGGAGCACAGGGGAGCAGAUGGGAAACGGAAAGCGGAAGAAGUCGAGGAUGCAAAGACGCAGCGAGAAAGCAAGCGCGCUCGAGAAGAGUCUCCGAUGGAGGAAGAGGAAAUUGCUCUCGCCGCUCUCCCAAAAAUCCGCCGACAAGGCCGCCCGCCUGCACCCGACACUCCAGGUGUCUCCAAGCGUUUUCAGAACAUGAUCAACAUGCUACACUCACAAAUAUCCGCACACCGCUACGGCAAUCUCUUCCACAACCCAAUCCGCAAGGCAGAGGCACCAGACUAUCACGAUAUCGUAAAGCGGCCAAUGGAUCUCAAGACGAUCAAGGCGCGCAUCAAGGACGGGCUGAUCUCGAACUCGCUCGAGUUUCAGAGGGACGUGUAUCUUAUGUUCGCAAAUGCGAUGAUGUACAAUAGGCCGGGAUCGGAUGUAUAUAAUAUGGCAGAGGAGAUGAUGCUAGAGAGUGAGGGCCACAUCAAUACCUUCCGACAGACUGAAGGCUUCCACCGCAUAUAACCUAUGAUAGCAUAUUGAGAUUGCAACUGUAUAAAUACACUAUUCCGAUGGCAUACGUAGCGCUACGGUUACAGAUUGUAUCGAACGAACAAGACAAUGCACGGUGGCGAGAAAAGCUAGAACCAAGGAAGGAACGUCUCUGUCAUCUUUAGCAGGUUCAGCGGAUUGGUGGCUGAGCUGAUGAGGUUGAUCACGGUUUGCAGCACAGGAGUGUUCCCUGGGUUCUGAGGGCUGCCGAUCGCCUGUUCGCGCUCGAGCUUGCACGCCAGAACCUCUGCACGCUUCACGAUGCCAUCAAUGGCCGCUGCGACGUUCGACCGGAAUGAGACAUCGUAUGUCAUCUGACCCUUGCGAGUCUGCAACCACAUCAUCAUCUCAUCUCGUGCGAAUAGACAGAGCUGCUGCUCAAGAUCAUA